AUGGAUGUCUUCUCCCCAUCCCAGGUCUUCUAUGACAGCGCCUGUGCCUCCUCGCCAGAGGACCUGGACUUCGGCCCCGGGGAACUGGACAGUUCAGAGGAGGACGAGCACGUCCGGGUCCCUGGGACUCCUCACCAGGCGGGUCACUGCCUUCAGUGGGCCUGCAAGGCCUGCAAGCGUAAGUCCAGCACAGUGGACCGGCGGCGGGCUGCCACCAUGAGGGAACGACGCCGGCUGAAAAAGGUGAACCACGGCUUCGAGGCUCUGAGGCGCUGCACCUCAGCCAACCCCAGCCAGAGGCUGCCUAAGGUGGAGAUCCUGCGCAACGCCAUCCAGUACAUCGAGAGCCUCCAGGAGCUGCUCCAUGAGCAUGUGGAGAACUACUACGGCCUUCCUGGGGAGAGCAGCUCAGAGCCUGGGAGCCCCUCGUCCAGCUGCUCCGACAGCAUGGUUGACUGUAACAGUCCUGUUGUGUGGCCUCAGAUGAACACAAGCUAUGGCAACAACUACAGCUAUACUAAGAAUGUGAGCUCUGGAGAGAGAGGUGCUGGUGCCUCCAGCCUGGCCUGCCUGUCUAGCAUAGUAGAUCGCCUCUCCUCGGUGGAUGCCAGUGCCCCAGCAGGGCUCAGAGAUAUGCUUACCUUCUCGCCCUCCAGCACCGACUCCCAGCCUUGCACUCCAGAAAGCCCCGGGACCAGACCUGUGUACCACGUGUUGUGA